CUCGUGGUGGAGACGGGUCAAAAUUAUCACUACAGACGAAGUAAGAUUGACGUUUAGAAUUUCGCAGCAAAUGUACGAGCCGCCACUACACUUUUCUAGAUAGGGUCUACCUGUUAAAAUCGAGCCAGUUUCGUUCUGGCGAUUGGAGGAUGCUGUUAAGCUGUUGAUGCAGGUGACUUCCUUAGUUUUCUACAAAAGUCAGUAGGUCUUCCAGUUGACUUCCAAAUCGACACGCUAAUUGCCAACAUGUUUUUUGCAGCGUUGACGUCCCGGUUCCAAAUUAUCGAUCAGGUUUCGCAGACAAGGAUACUUUGGCCUGGAACAGUCUUGAAUGCUUCAACGGUAUUGGAGCGGCAAUUAUUGCAUGUUCGAGAGACCACCAUCGACACCACUUUUAAGGCCCUUCAAAUGAAUGGCGGAUUCGUUGAACUUGCCGUCACCAAAUACAAUUAG